AAAAUGAGUAGAAUUGAGUAGACAAAUUAAUUGUUUACAACUGAGCAAAUUACUAAGGCACCUGAACUUAUUAACUUAAAUAAGCAUACUUCUUUUGUUUUUGCAACUACUAUUCAUCAUGUCGUUUUUUAGAAAAGUUUUAAUAAGUGUAUUGAAUUUGAAGAUCAAAAAAAUAAUCUUGGGGAUUAAGAUUGGCAAAUAAAGAAAAAGCAAUUGUGGGAUGAAAAAUAUUAAAAAUUAAAUAAUUAAAUUCCAAAAGAGACAAAGAAAUUUAUAGUUUCUGCUGGAGCAGAUAAAAAUAUCUAUUUAUGGGAUAUUGAUUACCUAAAUUUGUAUAAUUAAUAAUCUGAGAUGAAGCCAUAAACAUUCUCUUAAGCAUAAGAUAAGGAGUUUAAAUUUGAAUCCUAAGCUAAUUAAGAGAAUUAAGGAAUUGAGAAUUAGAAUUAGUAAAGUUUUUCAUAGGAAGAAUUAAAUUUACAUCAUGUUAUUAUACCAUUUUAAUAAAAUCUUUAUGAAUUUGUCACAUGUUUACUUGAUGUUUAAUUGGAUUAAAAUACAACAUAUUUGAUUGUAGGUUAUGAAAGUAAUUAAAUCAUUCGAUAUUAAAUAACUGGUGAAUUUUGGAUCAAAGAUUUUAAUGUAUUCAGAUAUAAAUUUACAUCUACUUAAAGUAAAAAAAUGCAACAUCACAAUGAUUCAGUAAGAUCAAUUGUUUACUUUUAAAAUUAACUAUUUUCUUGUGGUGAUGAUAUGCAACUCUUAAUCUAAGAUAUUGAAGGUGUAGUUAUUAAAAGAUUUUACUUUGAUAGUAUUAUUGAAAAUUUGUAUAUAUGGAAUUAGCAUCUCUUCUUUUAUUAUUAUACUGUUGAUCUCAAGCCUAGUUCAAAAAAAGUACAAGGGUAGUUAUUUUAUCAAACUUAAAAUUUACAAUAACAAAUGUAAGAAGAUUAAAAAGAAAAUGAAAUUAAAUAAAAAUAAAUCUAAGAAAAAUAUUAAGAAGUUGAUGAACAUUUUUAUUUGUAUGGUCUCUAAGAAUGCUUUAUGAUUAUGGGUCAGGAUUAAGAAAAUAACUUUCAAAUAUAAACCAAUUAAAUUAAUAAUAAUCAGUAUUACGAAACAUUAGAAUAAGCUUAUGAUAAAAUAGAUAAAAUUACAUGUUUUGAACUUUCAGAUGAGAAAAAUAUUAUCUACUCAACUGAAAGUGGAAAAUUAAUUAAUAUUGUCAAUCCCAUGAAGAAUCAUGAGAAAGGAGAAAUUUAGGAAGAUUUUUAUCUAGAUAAUAAUAAUUUAAAUUAACCAUAUAAAUAUCAAAUAUUACUUUGUUUGGGUAAAUAAGAACAUCAAUUUAAUCAAAUGAUUAUAAUGUCUUUUAUUAAAAUGAAGAUUAAUUAGGAUUCAGAAUAUAAUUUUUAUGUAUUUGGUAAAGAUAAAAGAUAAAUUUAAAUAAUUUAAUAAUUUGAAUAAUUUGAAUAAAUUGAACAAAAGAAACUAGAUGAAUUAAAGAAAUAAAUUGAACAAAAGAAACUAGAUGAAUUAAAGAAAUAAAAUAAAUAAAAAGAACAAAAUGAAUAAAAUGAACAAAAUAAUUAAAAUGAACAAAAUAAUUAAAAUGAAUAAAAUAAAUAAAAUGAAUAAAAUAAUUAAAAUGAACAAAAUAAUUAAAAUGAAUAAAAUAGAUAAAAUGAAUAAAAUAGAUAAAAUGAAUAAAAUAGAUAAAAUGAACAACAAAAUUAAUAGAAUAUCAAAGAUAAAAAAUAAUUUUAUUAGACAGUUUUGUUUAUAGGAAAGGAAAAAAAAGAAAAUAAUUCUGAGAUAUUUUAUUUACCCAUUGAGUUUAAGCCUUUAAGAUUAAAUUAUUUAUAAGUUUAAAAUCAAAAUAUUGAGUAAACUGAAAAUAAAGAUCAAAAAAACAAAAAUAACUAGAAAAUUGAAAUAAAAGAUUAAAAAAUGCAAAAUAAUGAGAGAUUUGAACCUUACGAAGUAUUUUUACAAAAGCCUAUUUUGAUUGAAGAAGGAAANGUACAAGGGUAGUUAUUUUAUCAAACUUAAAAUUUACAAUAACAAAUGUAAGAAGAUUAAAAAGAAAAUGAAAUUAAAUAAAAAUAAAUCUAAGAAAAAUAUUAAGAAGUUGAUGAACAUUUUUAUUUGUAUGGUCUCUAAGAAUGCUUUAUGAUUAUGGGUCAGGAUUAAGAAAAUAACUUUCAAAUAUAAACCAAUUAAAUUAAUAAUAAUCAGUAUUACGAAACAUUAGAAUAAGCUUAUGAUAAAAUAGAUAAAAUUACAUGUUUUGAACUUUCAGAUGAGAAAAAUAUUAUCUACUCAACUGAAAGUGGAAAAUUAAUUAAUAUUGUCAAUCCCAUGAAGAAUCAUGAGAAAGGAGAAAUUUAGGAAGAUUUUUAUCUAGAUAAUAAUAAUUUAAAUUAACCAUAUAAAUAUCAAAUAUUACUUUGUUUGGGUAAAUAAGAACAUCAAUUUAAUCAAAUGAUUAUAAUGUCUUUUAUUAAAAUGAAGAUUAAUUAGGAUUCAGAAUAUAAUUUUUAUGUAUUUGGUAAAGAUAAAAGAUAAAUUUAAAUAAUUUAAUAAUUUGAAUAAUUUGAAUAAAUUGAACAAAAGAAACUAGAUGAAUUAAAGAAAUAAAUUGAACAAAAGAAACUAGAUGAAUUAAAGAAAUAAAAUAAAUAAAAAGAACAAAAUGAAUAAAAUGAACAAAAUAAUUAAAAUGAACAAAAUAAUUAAAAUGAAUAAAAUAAAUAAAAUGAAUAAAAUAAUUAAAAUGAACAAAAUAAUUAAAAUGAAUAAAAUAGAUAAAAUGAAUAAAAUAGAUAAAAUGAAUAAAAUAGAUAAAAUGAACAACAAAAUUAAUAGAAUAUCAAAGAUAAAAAAUAAUUUUAUUAGACAGUUUUGUUUAUAGGAAAGGAAAAAAAAGAAAAUAAUUCUGAGAUAUUUUAUUUACCCAUUGAGUUUAAGCCUUUAAGAUUAAAUUAUUUAUAAGUUUAAAAUCAAAAUAUUGAGUAAACUGAAAAUAAAGAUCAAAAAAACAAAAAUAACUAGAAAAUUGAAAUAAAAGAUUAAAAAAUGCAAAAUAAUGAGAGAUUUGAACCUUACGAAGUAUUUUUACAAAAGCCUAUUUUGAUUGAAGAAGGAAAUACAAAAAUUAUUUUGUUUUGUGGUGAUCAGUUGAGAUAUUAUAAAUUAUGAAUAAAAAAAUAUUAAAUAGGAUUAAUCUUUAAUCUGCUCCUGAAAUAAUCCGUAACAGAUAGAAACCACGUUCACAUUUAGAAAUUGAGGCAUUGGUAAUGUAAGACAUGCGAAAGAAAAUAUUAAAUGAUGAAAUGAACACAAUAUAAUUUUAUGAUAUAGUGUAACCUGAUUAGGAUGAAAUGAUUGCUUCUUUAAAAGACAGCUCAAAGAAACCCAUUAAAUUACAUAAAAGAGUUUACAGAACAGAUUUAGAAAAUAAAUUAAGAGUUAGUUUAUCAAAUGAACCAGGGUCUAAGUUAUUGUUAUAAGAAAUGUAAUAUAUUUAAGAUUAUUUGUGAGUUAUGAGAAAUUUGAAGAGGAUCCUGGAAACAAGGCAUUAAUUGUUACUAAGAAAUCUCAUCAAGAAGAACAAUUUAAAGUAGAUUUGCAAUAUAAACCUGAGAGUGAUGAUUAAUUAGUUGCUAAUCUAGAUAUGUGGUAUAAAGAAAAAAAGAGAAAAUUGAGAGAGUAAUAAGAUAAAUUAAAAUAAGAAUAAGAAAAAGAAAGUACUUUCUAUCUUGUAUUUAUAUAGGAUUAUCUAAAUUAUAAAUCUAAUAAAGAACAUAAUCUCUAUAAUAAUUUAGAAGAGGAGCUCUUAAUGAUAAAUCAAAAUAAGCAUAAACUUUAUCUACAUUCCCUAAAAUAACUGUAGAUUCUACUCAAGUAGAAAAUGAAUAAAGUUCUUUUAAAUAAAAGUUGUUAAGCUCUUUAUCAAAAAUAUCUGCUAUUAAAAAAAUUGAAAUGCUUCAUUAAGAUCAUUCUAUUGCUAAAUAAUUGGACAAAUAUUUAUAGCAAGGAUCAAAUUUAACAUAAUAAGAAUUAGCAUAAAUAGAAAUAGCAAAAGCAAAAUAAUUUGGAGAAGGAAAACAUGAUGGAACUCUCAUUUUUGAUUAUACUGUUGAAGGAUUAAAGAGUAGUUUACAUACUAUGAUUAAAAUGCAAUUAACAUCAUUUUAAAAUGCAAGUGAAAGAGCCAUAUUUUAUGAAAAAUAAACUAAUUAAAUAUUAUUGUCAAUUAAUGAAAAACUUGAUAAACAAAAAAAAAUAGUCAAAAAUAAUGAAUAAGAUUUAGAAUCAUUAAGAAUUGAAAACCAUGAAAUUCAUUAAAAGUUAAGGAGUAUCUCAGAUUUUGUAUUUUUAUUUUAUUUUAUUUUAGAUAAAAGAAAAGUAGGAGGAACUUAAAAGUAUCAAUAAAAAACCAUAAUAAUCAAAUAAUCCAACUAAUAUAAAGAAUAAUUCAAGUUAGGUUGACAAUUAUAUGUUAAUUGCUGUUAAGUAAAAUGAAUUAGAAAGUCAAAUUGAAUAAAUGAAAGAAAAUUAUAAUAAAUUUCAAGAAUAAAUGAAACUAAAUUCAGUUCAUAUUGAAAAACUAGAAUAAGAAAAUUCAAAACUAAAUAAAAACAACAAAGCACUUCUAAAAUCUAUUUAAGGAUUCUUAUUAGAGCUUCUUAAAAUAGGCUUAGAUUGCCGAUCAUAAGGUUUAUCUUGGAUUAUUAAGGCUAUUUGGGAUUCAGGUGAAAAAAUUGCAGAUUCUAACUUCCCACCCUAUUUAGAUAGCAAAGCUAGAGAUUUUCUUUUGCUUAAAACUAGAAAAACUAUAGAAUUAAAUGAUUUAUUUAGAAAAGCUCACUAAUUUUUUAGUAAUUAUAAAGACACUUCAAUUGACACAGGAAAUAAUUCAAUUGUAUCAUUAUUAUCAAAAAAUCAUUUCUCCUAAAUUGAUUCUGUAGAAAUUAAAAAAUAACAUCUUAAUUAAAUAAAAUAGAGAUAAUAGAAUGAUUUAGCAUUGUUAAUUGAAGGUUUGAGUCCUAUAGAAAAUAAAUUAAUAGAAAAAACAUUUUCUCAAAUAUUUUAAAGCAAAGAAACUCUUAAUGAUAUAAUAUAUUUAGAAGCUUCAAGAAAGAUUUAAAAAAUGUUUAAGUAGGAUGGAGCUUAAGAAUAAUCAAUAGUGUUUACAGAGGUCAACAAUUUUGAAAAAGAUAAAUUGAUAAAAGAAUACCAAUAGAUACAAAGGGAGAUAGAAAUGAAAGAAAUAUAGUUUCGCAAAUUCGAAGAAACAGAGCUAUAGAGAUUAAUGAAAGAGAUUGAGUAUAAGAACUAUUUGGCAAGGUGAGAAAGUUGAUAUUUAAUAGAUUUAACAUUGAGGCAUUAUAAUUAUUAGGAGCCCAAUUCGGUUAUGCAAGAGGAGAGAGAGAAUUGAUUAAAUAAGG